AGCCGAUCAUGCGCUCGCUGCCGCCAGCCAAGACUGCGCGCCGCGCCAUCGGCGGGCGCGAGCUUCCCCUCUCGGACAGCCCAAACGUGAUGCGGGCGGCCGCUCUACUCGCCGGCGUGGAGCCGAGCCCGCUGACGAUUCCUCAAGUGGGUGCGAGUCCGAUGUCGGUGCCCCCAGAGGCCGGCCCUUCACGAGACCAGGCGACGUCGCCGAUUCGCAUGGAGGAGACGGAGCCCGACGCAGACCUGCCAGACUUCUUUACGGGCGCCCCGGCCGACCGACGCGCCGCGCCCGCGGCAGAUGCGGAGCCGGAGCAGGCAUGCCGCGUGAGCGAGGGCGGCGAGGACUCCGCUGCCGCCCACCCGACGAGCCCCACCUCCGGCUUCACCUUUGAGGAGCUAUACACGGCGAUGCUCUGAGUCGGCCCCCGCCGUUGAGAGUCGCGCGAUCGCGCACGAAAGCGAGUCGAAGGGCUCGAGGCGACGGACACGCGUGGACACGGGCUCCCCCGAGCGCGAGGCGCUUUUUGCGACGUGUGGAGCCUCGCGCGUCGCGGGGCACAGGGGGGGGCUUUUCGACAGAGGACACGGAGCAUGCGAGUGGGCCGGUGGUGUGCUCGGUGAUGGGAGGGUGUGUAUGGAGUUUCGAGGGUUAAGGUAGGUAGAGGGACACUCCAA